AUUCGCAGAGAACUGUCGGUAGCAUUGAAAUGAAUUAUACGUAUAGUUAUGUGCCUGUAGCACACUGAUAUAGAAUUACGAAAGUUAUGAAUGAUUCAUUACCGCGUCGUUUUCCUUGUUAAGUGAUAUUAGUAUUUUCUGUCAUAUUGCAAAUCAGGUAGUUUUUCGAUUGCUUUCUGCGCGUACAGUUUCGUCUGCUUUCCUUUCUCGACUACUGUUCACUUCGUGUACCGUUCUAUUCAAAGCUUUAUAAGCGACCAAAAAGUAGUAAACAUUGAGGAUUCGUUUUCCAUGAUGGUGAACCUUUUUUUAUAUAUUUUCUUCGUUUUACUCAACCUUUUGUUAGCAGAUGCUACUAAAAAUGCCACAAUUUUCUUGCGUUUAUUCGAAAGGGAUGGCUCUCAUUUUGAUGCGCACGUAUUAAACGUAAAUGAAUUGGGGAGAAUGGCAGAUCAUUUGCGAAAUAAUAAGAGCAUAGCAAUAUACGUUCAUGGCUAUCUAGAUAAUGUAACUACUGAAGAUGUGCAACUUGUAACACGUGCGUAUUUGGAGGCUACGGAUUACAACGUUCUUGCGGUCGAUUAUCGAGAAAUUGCUAUGAUCAAUUACGUAAUCGGUGCUUCAUUGCUCAAGGUAGUCGGCAAACAUGUUGGCGAAGCUUUAAACUUUUUUGUGAGUUCCGGUGUGAAUCCGAAAAAAAUACAUCUAAUUGGACAUUCAAUGGGCGCGCAGGUAGCUGCAUUCACUGGACGUAAUACGAACUUCAGACUUCCCAGGAUAACAGGAUUGGAUCCCGCUGGACCUUUAUUCUACAUUCUCAAUAGUCGAUUAACUCGUAACGAUGCUGACUUCGUAGAUGUUAUCCAUACCGACGCGGGCUUUUACGGAAUAGCCUUGUAUAGUGGCCAUGUGGAUUUCUAUCCGAACGGUGGCCACAGACCGCAACCUGGUUGCGUGCUAUUCGGUCCAUUUUUAUCCGUAACAGAUUUGUGCAGUCAUCACAAAUCGUGGAGAUUUUAUGCAGAAUCAGUUAAAACCCCUAACGCUUUCAUUGGUAAAUGUGAAAUCGAAUGCAGCAGCAGCGAUCUUGUACCAAUGGGUAUUGCUACACCAAGUAAUACGACAGGUAAAUAUUUUCUGACAACAAACGCGGAGAGUCCUUUCGGUCGAGGUUUUCAAUUAGAUCAUUAGAUCUUUAGUUAAAAAUCCAUCAUAGCUAUAUGAGGCGAUUCAAUUUAAAUAAAAAACAUACGUUUUAUUCAUGAACUAGAAAAUGAGCAAACAAGCAAUUAAUCUAGAAAAUGAAUUUAUGAUAUACACUUUAUAUCUGCCAAAAAACCAGAAUAUUUCGUACGUCUUCCGCUAUAAUUGUAUUAUAUCGAUAUUAGUAAUAGAAUUAUGCAAUUUAUAUAAUUUGUGUACUUGUAUAUUUUUAAAAGAUUUUAGUAAACCUUUAAUUAGAUUUA